AUGUCUCUCUUCUCGAGCAGCUUGAAAUUAUUUGGGGCCCAGGCCUACAGUUGCAUCGAGAGCGUGGAGAUCCCUAGGAAGAUUGUCAUCAAGAACGUCCGGCUCGGGAUAUUCUUGCGUUUCAGCCUUCUGGGUCAUUGGGAUGACACGCUGGAAGCAGAUUACGAUGCAGAGGACAGCGCGGACUGGGAAAGUUCGCUCUGUACCAAGACAGAGACGUACGAUUACGCGUUUUCGGACUACUGGCGGUACGAGGACUACUCCUCCGGCAACUGCUCGGACGUGCCGCGGGCUUGCGCGGGCGGCUGGACGACGAAGGCGGGCUUGUGCGAGUGCCGCGCGACGAGCAACCACUUCGUGACGGGCGUCGAGGCUACGAAGAUAAAGUUCAUCCACGGCUACGCCGUCGGGGCCUCGAACGAGGAGUUGGCAAACUACAGGGGCAGCUCCCAGCAGUCCGAUAGGGUCUGCGACGGCGACGGCUCGGGCAGCAGCCGCUGCGAGGCGUGGAGCUCCCGCGGCGGGACGAGGGAGCUGAGGACGGUAUUUGUUCUAAGGACGGCAGGUGGGGAAGAGAAGCUGCUGAGUAUCACAGAUGCCCCUGCAGACGUCUCGUUCUCUCUGCGAGAAGUUCUGACGGCCGCAGGUCUCUCGCUGGAUGGCGGCCUGCAUACCAGGGAGAAUUUGCUGCAUUGCGACGUGGACGGUCAUGAGGAGCCAUGCAGAGGAGACGUUCAUAAAUUGCCGCGGAUCAGGCAGGCUGGCCUAGAGGUGGACAUCCGCCUUUAUUACUCUAACCGGUACCACUUUCCAGACUUACCGUGCGAUGAUUGUUUGGACGGUCAUGUGGGGCCAGUCUGUAAAGCCACGAUUCGGGUGACUCCGGCAUGGCAAAGUCAUCCGCAGUCCGAUUGCGGUCUGGGUGAUAUCGCUGGCUCCACCGAGUGCCUGUCUUAUUAUUCCUACGGCAUCCACAUAAUGUUCAACAGCUCUGGUGAGUUUGGGUACAUCGAUCCCGUGUACGUCCUCAUAACAUGUGCAGCUGCCCUUGUCUAUCUCGCCGUCCCGCUGGUUAUCGAAGACUGGUUCGUUUUGAACAUGUUGGGUAUGCAAUCGACAAUGUACCGAAAGGCAAGCAGGGACGCCGUCUCUUUGGAGGGGCAGCUGUCGGACCUGCUCUACCGGAUGGUGGCGUCUCGUGACGUCUUCCAGGCGGCCAUGGACGCAACGGACGAACACAUGUCGGGCGAGGCUCUGGCCCACCUGAUCAAGCAGCGCGCCCUUCUGGGCCAGAGCGAUGGCGACGACCAGAUCGGUGAGAAGGAGCAGCGACUCCUGGCCGACCUCCUCCUGGCCGCCGCCGGCUCGGGCGAGGGGGGCGACCGGGGGGGCUGCGUCACCUUGCGCGAGUUCCUGCGGGCCGAGGGUGGCGAGUACCUCUUGAGCAUCCACGACGCGCUGAAGCUCGGCAGCGCGGACCGGCGCAAGCCCUUCCUGGAGAAGCUGUUCACCCCCGCCCAUUGGGAGCAGGUGGCCAGGGCUGCGCUCGUGCGCUCGAGCACGUACGAGGCUCGCGACACCGAGGGCACCAGCACGGGCAGCGGGCAGCGGCGCGCGGCCGGGAGCGACGGCGCCAACCACGGCGGCGUGCGCAACGGCAGCAGCCCGUCGGGCAGCUGCGGCGGCGAGCGGCCGAGCGGCGGCGCCGCGGGGGUGCGGCGCGGCAGCUGCCUGUCGGAAGGGGGGGCUCGCGGAUAUGGGAGGCAGCAGCUCGACGCCCAGCCCCCGCACGGGAGCUCGCCCUCGAGCCCCGACAUGUCGGUCCACGACUCCGGCACGUCUCGGUCUCCGAUGCCGUGGUCUUGGGCGGCUCGGCCCUCGUCCGCGUCCAGGCAGGCCGAGGCCGGGCCAGGCCUGGCGCAGAGCAGAGAAUAUGGUCGGUCCGAUCGUUCGGUGCUGUCGACGGAGUGA